CUGCCCCGCGCCGGCCAACGAGAGCGAGGGCCGUGACUCACCUCCGCCGCGCUAAGUCGGCGCUCGCCUCGCCUCGCCUCGCCUCGCACACACGCUCACAGCCGGCUCGACAUGGCGGCGGCCGCGGCGGCGGCGGGGGACUCGGACUCCUGGGACGCGGACACGUUCUCCGUGGAAGACCCGGUGCGGAAGGUGGGGGGCGGCGGCACGGCCGGCGGGGACCGCUGGGAAGGCGAGGACGAGGACGAGGACGUCAAGGAUAACUGGGAUGAUGAAGAUGAUGAAAAAAAGGAAGAAACAGAAGUAAAGCCAGAAGUGAAAAUUUCAGAGAAGAAAAAAAUAGCAGAAAAAAUAAAAGAGAAAGAGCGGCAACAGAAGAAAAGGCAAGAAGAAAUUAAAAAGAGGUUAGAAGAACCUGAAGAAUCUAAAGUGUUGACACCAGAAGAACAAUUAGCAGAUAAACUGAGGCUAAAGAAGUUACAGGAAGAGUCCGACCUUGAAUUAGCAAAAGAAACUUUUGGUGUUAAUAAUAAUACAGUUUGUGGAAUAGACGCUAUGAAUCCUUCUUCAAGAGACGACUUCACAGAGUUUGGGAAAUUGCUAAAAGAUAAAAUCACACAAUAUGAAAAGUCACUAUAUUAUGCCAGUUUUUUGGAAGCCUUAGUUCGAGAUGUGUGUAUUUCAUUGGAAAUUGAUGACUUGAAAAAGAUUACCAAUUCAUUGACUGUUCUCUGUAGUGAAAAACAGAAGCAAGAAAAGCAAAGCAAAGCCAAAAAGAAGAAGAAAGGUGUGGUUCCCGGAGGGGGAUUAAAGGCCACCAUGAAAGACGAUCUGGCAGAUUAUGGUGGUUAUGACGGAGGUUAUGUACAAGACUACGAAGACUUCAUGUGACAUUUUACAUUCUUCUGGUGUCUUUCUGUUGCCCACAGUCCCUUCAACAUGUAGCACAACCUCUUUCCUUUCAGUUCUGCCAAAUGCUACAAUCAGAAGUGCAGUAUCUUUUGUGCUGGUUAUUUAACCCCUUGACACUUAGGUGCUAAUGUGCAAAUGAGGGGGACUUGGAUCUUGCUGCCAAGGGGUUAAAAUUGGGAACCUCAAGUUGCUACUAAAUCAUAGUUUCAAAAAGCAAACCUAAUAAUGUUGUUAUUGUUGCUAUCUGAUUCCAUAGCAGCAGUCACUAAAUUGGAAACAAAGGUUGCAACAUGACAAAAAAAAAAAAAAAGUGUAGUAUUUACCAGCACCAUUCAGUAAUACAGCCUUAACCAUACCUCUUUGAACUACUUCAUAACUUGUCAAGAAAAGCAGUUUGCAGCAAGGGCAUGUGAUAUGCACCUAGUAUUAAACUUGCUUUGUCUUAAAAUUGAGCGUGAGGAUAUUAAAAAUACAUUGUGAAGACGACCGUAUAUUUCAGAGUGAAGAUACAGCACUGAAAGCACUAGCUCGAUACUUAGAAAAAAAAUCAAAUGACCAAAACCCUCCAACUUUGAAGCCGAAGAAGUAAGCUUUCCAUUACUGCAUUAAGUUUGGAAUCUCGAAUGCAUAGACUGUAUACUAAUCAGACUGUCCUGCUGGAUGUUUCAGAUGGGAAAGCCAACUCUUUUAAUCUUUUUUAUUUGCCUGAUGUAAGUGUCUGAGAAACCUUGAUUCUCUUAGGCUUCAAUGCAACAACUUUGAACAGGGUUUUGACAUUUCCUUUCCUUUAUAAAACAUGCUCAGCAAACUGCACCCAUUAACUACAGUUUGGUAAAUUGUUAUGUUAACAAUUAUGACAUCUGCAAUGUUUUAUAAAGCAACUAAUUUAAUAAAAAUCACUAUUGUGAGGACUUAAAUUUUGUGUUACCUCCCAAGAGAUAUUUUUUGGAGAACAGCUCUUGGGCCUAGAUUCCUCUCUAGACUUUUAAAGCUUAAUGUUUUGCAAAUAGCUUUAAAAGAAAACAAACAAAGAUCUGCCAGUUGCCCUGGAGCACAAAAGGUGUAAGAUUGCUUUUUAUUUAUUUGGGUGAAAGUACUGGUUAAAAGUACCUACAACAACUAUUUAUUUGGAGUGACUCAGGUUGUGGCUGUAGGCAUAGGCUGGGUGGAUGAUUUUUCUUUUUUUUUAAACAAUCACAGAAUCAAAAGUAGGGACAGAACAAAAAUGUUUUUUAAUUUCUCUUAUAUAGGAAAUAGGAUCCUCAGUGAAAGCUCUAAGACCACUAAGUGGAAGACAGGACCAUCUAAAUGCUUUGAGGAACUAACUGAAAACAGUGACUGCACAGCAAUAAUGAUGGUUUUAAGGCAGACAUGGGCUGUUUCCCUUAGUAAUAAUGACACUGAAUUUAGAGUCUAUUUUAUUAUAGAGAUCAGUUUCUAACAAAUGGAAAUGUAUCAUCUGUUCCUUAACUGUGUAAAUAAUAUUAAAUUCCUUUGAAACUGGAA